CAGUUUGAAAGUUGCACACUCAUAAAUACACACCACCUAGUGUCACGUUUCAUAACAGCUUUAAUUCAAACUUUCAAACCCCAUUUUUCCUCUCUUCUUCUGCCUUUCUACGGCUUUUCUGCUUCUGGGUGUGUUUAGUCUUUGUUGAGAGGCUUUUCUCUCUUACCAUUUGUGGUGGAAGUUCACUCUCUCAUCAUCCUGAGAUGCUUUCAGAUCCUUCAACAGUGUUAGCUGAUUCACACCAUUGUUCUUCUCUAAUUCCAAUUAUUUUCAUCAUCAAAGGCUCUCAUCAUUGCUAAGCUCCUGAUUCAAAAAGAGACCCAUGAACAACAAACCACUUUAGACUGCAGCUCAGAAGCCAAGCAGGUGAGACUUUUUGAGCAAAGAAAACUCUCGUUGUUCCAUCAUUUGCCAUCUUCAAGCAUAUCAAAUGCCAAGAUCAAGGGGAUCUGAUUUGCCUCAAAGGCAGUCUCCACGAGGUCCUCAUCAGCUUCGGACAUCAAGUUCUGACUCUGAUCCAUUGCAUCAUCGGCUGAUUGCUGACCGAAGUCCGAAGCUCGGAGACCGGCGGUCACCAAGAGGUACUCAGUCUGAGGCACUAAAUCAAAAGAAGCUAGGAACUCGCAUCGCGGAUUUGGAAUCUCAGCUUGGUCAAGCACAAGAAGAGUUAAAAGUUUUGAAGGAUCAGCUAGUUUCUGCUGAAGCUGCAAAGAAAGAAGCUCAAGAUGAGCUAGUAAAGAAAGCUGUGCAAUCAGUAGUUCCUGUGGUUGAGAAGUUCCAAGAGAAGUGCACUUCCAAGAAUGAUCAAGAGUCAAACAAAACUGAAACCAAACCCCAAGAUAUUAUUAUACCAGAUGACAACCAACACGAGACUGAUGUGUUUGAAGUUCCAAUUGAGAAGUUGACAAUUAAAUUUGACAAACCUGCAGAUCAGUCAGAAAAGGAAACUCUGGCGUUUGAAGACUCAAAUGCACCAGCAAUAUCAAUGAAGGAAAAGCCUUCUGUGGAGGAACAUGAACUGUCACUGAAGAUUGGUGAAAUUGCAUUGCUGAAAUCCAGUUUGGAAGAGAAAGAGAAGGAGUUAGAGUCCAUUACUAAUGAGAAAGAAGAUCUGAAGAAGAAACUGGAUGAAGCAGUUUCAAAAGUUUCAACUGCUGAAUCCAAGGAAGAAGGAAUGUCCUUGGUGUUGGACCGACUAAGAGAAGAGUUGGAAGCAAGUAAAGGCAAUGCAGAGAAGUUGAAUGGAAAGUUAAAAUGUGUGGAAGCAGAAAAAGAAGGAUUAGAAGCAGAGAUGAAGAAGCUAAGGGUGCAAACUGAGCAAUGGAGAAAAGCAGCAGAUGCUGCAGCUGCAGUGCUUGCUGGGGGUGUUGAUAUGACUGCUAGAAUUCCUGAAAGGUGUGGUUCCAUGGAUAAGCACUUUGGUGGAACGUUUGAGACACCUGGUGGUAGGUACAGUGGUUAUGUGGGGUCUCCUGGUAAUGCUGAUGACUUGGAUGAUGGUUUUGGAGGUGGAAAGAGGAAGGGUUCUGGGAUUAGAAUGUUUGGUGAUUUAUGGAAAAAGAAGAGUCAAAAGUGAUUUCUGGUUUAUAUCCAAUGAGUGAAUUUACUAGUACUUUUUAACUAAGCUAUGUUUUUUAUGGUAGCAGAAACUGCAAAUACAGUUGCUUACUGCUUUGCAGCUUCUGCCAUCCCUAGUCAUUUCUGGUAUUAUCAGGCCAUUAAUUGUGUAGUGUUACCGUUGCAUGAUCUGUGCAAGGUAGCAGUCAUUUGAACUUAUGAACUUUUUUGAACGCAUGUUUCACUUCUCCUAAGCUUUGAUGAAGGCACUUUUACUUUAAA